AAACAAAAUACUCGCCCAAUUCCAGCACCUUCGACUCCACGUUUGUUCUCGAAUGAUGGACUAAAUGAUUCAAGGAACACUAAAGUCAAUUCAGUGUAUAUGACAUCAUUAUUCCUGGAUGAUGAUGAUAUAAAUAGUGAAAUUCGAUAUGAUGAAUUGGAACUAGGAAGGAAAUUAGGUGCAGGUGGAUUUAAAGAUUGUUAUGCUGGAAAAUAUAGAGGAGAACCAGUGGCUAUUGGAGAAUUACGUGUAACAAAUUUCAUAAGAUUUGUGGGCGUAUGUACUCAUACCAAACAUUUAUGUAUAGUUACAGAAUUAUGUGAGAAUGGUGAUUUGUUUGAUUAUAUGAGAAAGGUUCCAAUACCUGAUUUUAGUCGACAGAUUAUGUUCAUGCAUGAUAUUUCUUUAGGUGUCACUUAUUUACAUACACGUCGCCCAAGUAUUAUUCAUCGAGUAGCAAAUGCUAGCAUACAUACACAAUGUGGUACUCCAAAUUGGCAAGCACCUGAAUUUUGGCAGUCAAAUCCAAGUUAUCCCUAUCAAAAUUUUUCUGAACAUCAAUUAUAUGAAGCAGUGAGAGAUAGAGGAAUUCGACCUCCAAUAGAUUCAUUAUUGAAGCAUCCACAAUUAUUACUUGACUUGGUUACCGAAAUGUGGCAAAAAGAAUCUAAUAAGAGACCAAGCAUGGGAAGUGUUGUUGAUAGACUUGCAAAAUUUUUAUCUUAA